AUGAUCGCUGGUUUGACGAUAUUUCUUUGUGGUUUGGUGCGAACAUAUCAUAUUGAUGAAGUCCUCACCAAAACUGUCCACGAAAAAAAGAUGCUCCAAUCAGUGAAUGAACACAUGGAGUGGUGGGUUGGUUUCCCGGUAAGACAUUCUUCUCACUUGUGUUUACAAACGUUGUUUUAACUCUUCCAAAAUUUGUACAUCUCUUUCGCGUCUGCUAAGACUUCGUGCGCUGUAAUAUAAUAUUGCAUUUCACGAGUUUGGCGCUAGAAGUGAAAAUGUGAAAUUCUGAAAUUGUUGUCAAAAUUUAGAGAUUUAUAUAUACUGCUUAUAAAUCCUUAUCUAAUUGCUGUACUGAUAUACUCCUAGUGAUUUUUAAGAUUUUUUUUUUUUCGGUGUUGAUUUCAUAACUAAAUUUUAGUGUAUGCCAUAUGAUUCGCUAGACUACUUGUACAUCAGAGCUGGUACUAUUAUACAUGAGCGUCACUGUGUAUUGUGUUUUUUUACAGUAAAUAGACAAACAUAUUGUGGGAUGUGUUCUUCCUAAAAUAAACAUUGUAAAAUGUGCUUAAAAUCAUUAAAAUGGCGUGUUUGGUCAAUUGAUGGACAAAAAACAAUGAAUAGUAUACCCAAUUUCCUGUGUCCGUGAUACUACCAAAAGGUUUCAAAUAACAAUGACAUUUCCCUCUUUAAAACUCACGGUAACUAGAAACCACCUAUCAAUAAAUGAUAUUUUAGCCCCAUAUUAAACUUUUGUAAUUGAUCAUGAGAUGAGUACAUAUAUAUGACCAUAUAAGAUUAAUAAAAAUAGGUGUGUAAAAUAUGUAUAAAGAUAGCAGGCUAGUAUAAAGAUGUCCAAAUCUUAGCAAACAUUGAUUUAUUGUUUUUGUAGUUAAUCGCGUGUUCAAUCCUGGCAGUGUGUGCCGUGCUGUUCGAUCGAUCAUUCCUGGUUAGUGAGUUUUGACUUUGAAAUAAUGAAGAGUGGUUGAAUUGUUUUUUCAAAGCAGCAUUAUCUGUCAGUAACGCAUUAUAGGGAUCAUCUCCUCUAAGGCCGAUGUCCAGUUUUAAGCAUUUCUCAUACGUUCGUAUAAGCCGGGAAAAGUUUAAUCUUUCUAAAUUUUAUAUAAAUACUAAUUACCUCGUCACGUAGUCCUACAUCGUAUAAUGUCUGUAUUAUGUCAAGUACUACGCUUCUAUUACCUACUUAGCCAAAACUAUUUAUCUUUACAACAAUUGAGAUAUUACUUUCCUAAGUAUGUUUAUCCUAACCCAACCUGUCAACUUUCCCUGUGGGAGGAAACCGGAGCGUACGUCCGGAGAAAACCCACGACUUUCGGCAGAGUGUUGACAGACCCGUUUAGGGACAGGUCAUUAUUUAUGGCGGGGGGUGGCACCGAAGAGAAAUGUUUUCCGUGUCAAAAAUUUUGCUGACCCAACCAUUAAAAAGACAAAAAUUUGAUUACCCAACCUCAAAUAUCAAUUAAAAAAUAACUACCCACCCCUGGCCAAAAACUUAACAAAAGGAUACCAUUCAGUUGUCAUACAUGUCCUUUAUCACUUCAGUGACAUGAGUUUGAUAACGGCUGCAGUCUAAAGUUUCAUGUUGUCUGCACAUGUACUUUCUUUGGAACACAAUUUGUUUUGUCAAACUAUGAUCAAGAUAGUGACUCUGAUUGAUUCACAUAUUGUAUUGACAAAUGACUGUUGACAUUGCUUUUCAGUCUCCAAUAUUUCAGUGGGUCAUGCUUUGGAAAUGACAAUAAAUUUUUAUUACCCAACCCUUGAGUUGUUUUGUUUUUCAUUUACCCAACCUUUUACUUACUCAAAAUUUUGUUUACCCAACCCUUUUCUCUUCGGUGCCACCCCCCGCCAUAAAUAAUGACCGCUCCCUUAGCCAGUUUUCCACUGCAAGCGUAUCGUUAAAACAUUUUUACAUUUCCAAAUCUAUUAGUAAAUGUUGAUUGGUUAAUACUUCCGUAGUGCGCAAAAAGUUGACUUUGCGACGAACUUUUCAUUUUGAUGCGCGAAUGGAUUUAUCAACCUCUUUUCAAUCCACGCAUGCUCACCAGUACGUUUCGGUAGGGUACGGUUGAAGUGGAAAGCUGGCUUUUCACAUGGGUUUGCAGCGAGAAAUCGAACACACGAUCUCAGAGAUCAUACGUACAUUCAUACACACUUUAUUUAGCGACGCUAGCCCCGACAACUACAAAAGUUGAUUUCCACGGGGGGCGUCCAUAUAAAAAAUGUUACAAAGAAUAUAAAAAGGAAGGAAACUAAGUCUACUACAAUAUGUACAUUACCAAAAGCUACUGUAAUCUACGAUGGUGUGUCCCAGAUAAAUAUAUGAUUAAGUGAAUCCCGACUCGGUUGGUUAACAUCAAAAAUUUUGUUUUAUACAACUUUUAAAUAUAUAAAUUGAUUGAGCUUGCUUAGCUUCAGGAGGAAGGUUAUUCCAAAGAUUAGCACCGCUAUAUUUAAAGCUUUUGAGAAAUUCUCUGUUUGGCUUUGGAAGGGUCAGACCAGUUUGAGAAUUUCUAAAAUUAUAAUUGUUAAGUAAAACAUAUAAAAUACUGUUAUAAAGGAUGGUUUACACUAUCAAAGUUUCUGUGAUCACAGUAGGAAUUUUGCAUAGGUCAAUUCUAAGUUUUGAAGGAUUUGUAAGAAAUGUUUGAGGAAACUUACUGAGUGUUAUAAAGGAUGGUUUACACUAUCAAAGUUUCUGUGAUCACAGUAGGAAUUUUGCAUAGGUAAAUUCUAAGUUUUGAAGGAUUUGUAAGAAAUGUUUGAGGAAACUUACUGAGUGUUAUAAAGGAUGGUUUACACUAUCAAAGUUUCUGUGAUCACAGUAGGAAUUUUGCAUAGGUAAAUUCUAAGUUUUGAAAGAUUUGUAAGAAAUGUUUGAGGAAACUUACUGAGUGUUAUAAAGGAUGGUUUACACUAUCAAAGUUUCUGUGAUCACAGUAGGAAUUUUGCAAAAGUAAAUUCUAAGUUUUGAAGGAUUUGUAAGAAAUGUUUAAGGGAACUGACUCCGUCUUAUAAAGGAUGGUUUACACUAUCAAAGUUUCUGUGAUCACAGUAGGAAUUUUGCAAAAGUAAAUUCUAAGUUUUGAAGGAUUUGUAAGAAAUGUUUAAGGGAACUGACUCCGUCUUAAGUCCGUUCCUUCGAACAUAUAUUACAAAUCCUUCAAAAUUAGAAUUUACCUAAGUUUUCUCAUGUUUUUGUUUUUCCAGUUUAAGAUUUCUGUGCUGGCAAUCGGCACAUGUUUUGUGAUACUGGUGUAUGGUAUACUAUGGGAUGCUGGUGAAUUCUCGUGGAUUGCAUAUCAUUAUCAUUACGUCCAAAGUUUAAAAAGUGAAGGUUUCGAUUGCGCGACCAAAAUACAUAAUUUUACUUACAGUGGACAUAUGUACACUAUACAAGAAUGUGAAUGCAGAAAAAAUAAGGAAAUAAGUAAGUAUAGUAUGUCUGUCUUUCGCAAUGUCACACAACCUCUUUUCAAACGCUUUGAAAAAUUAUUGCGGCUACCCUGCUAGACGUUUGCAAAGUUUUCUUUUUUGAGGAGAACAGAGGGGAGAGGGAACCAGAGCUGAGGGGGAGGGGGGAGGAGAACGACUUCUCCCCCUCCUCCUAUUUUCGUCGCUCGCCUCCUCGCACCUUCGUCGAGAAGCACGCAAGUCGUGCGUUAGAAAGUGUAUUCACAUUCCGACAUGAAUAUAUUCCCCAUGUUGUUUUGCAGAUUUUGAUUUGUUCAUCAUGUACUCAUGUGAACUGCUACGAUCUCAAUAUUAUCUACAUGCAGUCCUGGGUUUUGCUCUCGCUUGUGCCUUUGGAUUGAGUUUGUUUACGUUGUUUUCCUUUGUUUUGAUUCUCAAGAGGAUUUCCCAAGUAAGUUGCACAGUUGAAAAAUACAAUACCGACAAAACCUGCACCCUCGCCACAGAGUAAGUACAUACAGAACUCUCACGUCUGCGGGAAAACCGUAAGGUAGUUUUUACUACGCAUAUAUGGCGGCCAAGUGCCCUAAACAGAGGCAUUCACCCCCCUGGAACAUUAAAUUUCAAUAUGUUUUCAGGGGGUGACAGCCUCUCUUUAGGGCGCUGGCUAAGAACAUGGCAAACUGAAAAAAUCCCUUACGCUAAAUGAACGUGAAGUGCGACCUCUGUAUGUACUUACUCUGUGGCCUCACAGCUUCACUCUGACAUUUUCUUCUCACUUAGAUAACCACAGCGCUGCAUCUAGAUGAAAAACCGCUGAGCGAAGACUUCGACAACAUUCAUGGAGAUUUGUAUGUUGAAUCGUAA